AUGGAGAAGAAUGAUAUUUCACUCACCAAGUCUGAGGCUUGGGCUCUUGGUCGCAGUGGAGUUCUGUUGAAAACUACAAACAGUGGGAAGAGAUGGAGUCGGGACAAGGCAGCUGAUAACAUCACUGCAAGUCUGUAUUCUGAACAGAAAAUGGAUAAGAGUUGGAUGGGGGGCUAUCAAAUGGUCAAAACAUUUCUCUUAAAGGAUAGAGAAUGGGUAAGAGUUGGAUGCGGGCUAUCAAAUGGUCAAAAAGCUUACAUAGAUAGGACUGUUAAAAGUCACAUUUUGAUGCAUGGGAUAGAUACAACGUCACAUGGUUUUAUCACAGUGAACCAAUCUCAAGUAACCAAGGGAGUCAGCAUGCUAAUGUUGGAGAUGAACUUCAUUCUGGGCCAUUGCAAUGAAGACGAUGGUGUGAACUACAUAUUAUCUGAGCUUGGGGAGAUGGAUGACUUUUACGAGUUCACACCGGAGGACUACUACUGUCUGUUGGCAGCUAAAAAAGAAGGACCUGCUCACUUUAUAUUCCCCUAUGAUCAGUACAUGGAGUCUGUUAAAAACAACUAUUCAAUAGGAAUGAGAUUCAAAAUGAGGUUUGAAGGAGAAGCAGCUCCAGAACAGAGUGAAACUGGAACUAUUGUCGGAAUUGAAGACGCGGAUCCCAAUAGAUACGGCGCUUAUAGAGACUUUUCCUUGAAUGUUCGGUACAGUGUCAUUGCAGCAGCAAAUCCAACAUAUGGAAGCGUAAAGUAUCACCGUUCGGUAACCCCGACAAAGAAUAGUGGGUUUUCAGAGUCUUUUCCUUCUCGUUUUGAACUUCUGUUCAUCUUCUUGGAUCAGAUGGAUCAUGGGAUUGAUCGUCAGAUCUCAGAGCAUGUUCUACAUAUGCAUCGACAUCGUUUGGUGGUUGAUGGAGGUAUGAGAUUAGACGAGUUCAAGGCACAAUGGUGA